CAGUUGAGGACAGGUAACCAUUGAGCCAACCCACAUCAGACAGGAUAGAGAGGACGAGGAACAUCUCUCACUUUUCUCUAAAUCUUGUUUUUUUUUGUUGAUUCUGAAAUCUGCCUGGGAGCUGACAUAGAUUUGACAGGCUGGCAGGUCUUUUCACCAUGGCUCCUAAAGGAGGAACAUGUUGCUUUCUUCUCAUCUUGGCGUGUGCAGCCUUGGCUAAGCCACCAGAUGGGAAUCCUGAAGACAUUUCCAGGAUACUGAUGAAGAAGUGCCUGAAAAAUGGGUAUCCGGAGCCUAAGAUGCUGCCGAUAACUCUCUUCGAGAAUUGUGACUCGGCAAAGGCGGACCUGGAAAGCAUGGUUUCAGGCUCUUCCAACAAAGACCCACAAGUGGAUGUAAUGAUAAACAAGAAAUGUCUUCUAGCCACAAUCAAGCAGAUGCGGAACUCCUCCAUGGCAUCUUCAUGUCACAUGCAAGCGAUUUUGGCCUCUAUCUCCUGGGAGAUGUUGACCAAACAGAGUGAGAACAUGACGUCAGAGGAAUAUGACACGCUGUUGGGGGCCUCCAAACCUGCUCUAGGAAUGAAACUUCCUAGUUAUGUAGGAGAGGGCCAAAACCUGAAAAAGUUGUUGGACAUGCUGAAGGAGACAUUUGUUGGCAUGUCUGAAGACCAAACAACUCAGGUGGUAAAAUGGGAGAAAGAGCAGAUCAUGGAGAAAUACUUCAACUGUACAACAAGGCCAGCAGCUGAUCAAAGAUCAAGUUUGAUGGAGCGCUGCAACCCUAAAAGAAAAUGGCUGGACUUGGACACAUUGAACAUGAUGGGACCUUACAUCGCCAAGUUAGCACCAAAGGAUGUUGAUUCUGCUCCCAAGGAAGAGCUGUGUGAAUUCUUCCGCUUACGAAAGUUUAAAGUAGCCACGAACAUGGUCAGCAACAUGAAUCCCAGCCUGGGAAGGAAGUUUCUCAAAAGAUUUCAAGAAUGCUUCGGGACAAAUGAGUUUUCUAAGAAUGUGGACAAGCUCGGCAUACUGGCCUGUCAUGUUUCCAAUGCUCCAGAUUUGGAUCCUGACCUCAGCCAAAAACUCCUCUCUGAGCUCGACAGCUGUGACGACGGCAACCCCAAAAUCAAGCAGAUGAAGAAGCGUCUUGUCAAGGCAGUUUUUUCAAAUGCAACCGACAUUAGAGGACUACAAAAGUUGGGCAAGAGUGUUGCCUUCUUGACUUCCUCAGAUCUUUCUAAGAUUUCUAAAGCAGAUCUCAAAGACAUCGUCACAAAUCUGGGAUCCAGCGUCCAAUGGACACGGGCCCAGAUGCGCGCCAUAGGAAAGAAACUGCAGGACAAGAAGUGCAACAAAAGUAUGUCCGGUCAGGAUCUGUUGGCCUUAAAGUCAGUUGCAGAAGGUUUGCCAAGUUGUGCAUUUAAGCAUGUCAAGGAGAUCCUGAAUGACACAGAGGGGAUGAAGAACAUCGCCCAGAGGAUGAGGAAGGGGCAGCGGAUGGCCAUGCUGCAGGAGCUGCUUGGAGACGUGGCUCCCUCACUGCUGGUGCAGAAGCUGUCCGGCCGUUUGCUCAGCAGUCUUCCUCUAAGCACGCUAGUUGAAGCAAACAUCGUCUCUUUGGAUCAAGUGGGGGAUAAAACAUGGAGUCGCUCACAGGCAGCUUUCCUGGCUAAAAAGAUACUUAAUGGAAAUAAGUUUUGGUAUAGAGUUAAGAAGCUGCGCUCAGUGAUGCAGGGAAUAACCUGUGAGAUGAUCGACGACGUAUCAGACAGUGAUACUGGGGACAUGGGUCAGGCUGUAACAGAGGAUCCGCAGUGGCUCUCCAAACGCCAGGCAGGAUGCGCUGCCCGAAAGCUGUUUGCUUCUUUGGAGAAAGAGAGAGCUGACUACUUCAAAACCAUCACUGAGGAGGAGAUGAAAAACAUCUCCACAUGCUUACUCCUUCGGCUGCCGCCUUCGAAGGUGGAGGAUUUGCCUGACUCUGUGUGUCCCACCUUACUCUACAAGAUAGAAGAGGCCGACCUGAGCUCAUUACCUCAACGUUCCCUGUCUCGCCCCGCAUUCACCGAGAGAGCUCUGCGUUGCCUGGCUAAUGGGACAGACUUAUCUAUGUUGACCGAGGAGGAUGUGUCCAGGCUUGGACCUUUUUUGUGUGAGCUUUCGCCUGCCCAACUGAAACUCAUGAGAGGCCCCCUCAUGGCCCCUGAAGUCCUCAAAUCCAGCCUCCGUGCCAUGGCUUCCUGUCAGCAAAUUCCCCGUCGCCACGUGGCAGAUUUGGUUCAGCUGGUCAACGAGACUUUUGGGGAUCCAUCUAAUUGGUCAGCAGAGACUAUGGAAGAACUUGGUGCUUUGGUCCUUUUGGAUGACAAUAAGAUAUCCACUCUGCCCAAUAAGCCUUGGUUGAAGGAUGUUCUCUAUUUCUUGAAGUCGAAACUCAAACACACCUCCAAAGCCCUGGGAAAGAAAAUCUUUGAUCUCACCACAACCGCAUCAAAUGCAGCACGUAAAAAGAGAGCAGCCGAACAAGUCACUGCGGAGAUGAUUGAAGAACUGGGAAUGAAUAACGUCUACUGGUCAGUCGAACAGCUGGAUGGGAUGUCAGACCAAACCUUCCUUGCUACUGUAGAAACUCUUGGAGAUGUCUCUGACUACAACGCAGAUCAACUGGCCGUGCUCAAAAGCAAAAUAGAUAAGAACUUGGUUCCAGAGAUAACUGAGAGUGAGGUGAAGCAGUUGGGAUGUUUAACUCGGGGAUUCUCCAGUGAAGACCUCGAGACGCUCCCUUUCCCAUUGGACACUCUGGAGGAAACUGCCAACUGUGGCUGGAAUGAGUCCCAGAUGGAGUCGGUGUGGAAGGGUGCUUCAAAAUAUAACAACCUGACGGUGAAGCAGCUGAAAGCAGCAGACAUGGUGAUGCUGAGCCGGUUCAUCUGUGGCCUCGACUCCACUGAGAUCAGACAGCUGAACAUCGACGCCUUCAAGGACGCUGUGGGCUCAGUGGGAAGUGUUGCCUGCUCCUACAGUAAAUCACAGGAGUUGAAACGUCUCGCUGUGUCUGCAUUUGGAAAUCCUAACAGCUGGGAUGAAGCACACGUAUCUGAGCUGGGCAACAUCGCCGCUGGGCUGAACGCAACUGAGUUUGCUUCUUUAAACUCGUCAGUCUUCUCAUUCAUCAGCAAGCCCUGCAUCGCGCUCAUACCACCACGCAUCUUUGCUAGUCUCAAUGUUGAUCAGCUGUUGUCUCUUGGACCUGACAACGCUGCCAUGGUAACCAGUGGACAGCAAGCGGAGAUGACAGACGAGCAGCUGGCCGCUGUUGAAAGAGCCGCGACCGGGUCAACUGACCAAGAGCAAAGAACUGACCAUUCAGGAGCUCCAUCAAUGAGCGCCGAGGGGAUCUCAGCCUUCAUGAUGCCGCUGCUGUUCCUCCUCAUGGGUUUGCUGUUGCUGUGAGAACUGAGAGCUGCACAUCCCGCUGCAACACAAGCAGGAGCUCCUACCCACCAACAUGCAGCCUCUUUAUGUUAUAGAGACAUGUCUCUCUUAUUGUGAGGACGAUGGCUUCUUUUAGAUUUUCUGUUAUCAUUUGUGAGUGCAGGCUGUACUAAACAAUAACAAUUACAUACUCAGGAUAUAUUUAACUGUGAGGAAUCUUUAUUAUUGCUUUUAAAUAUUCUGUCUCUAUAUCUCUAUAAGAAAGUAUAUUUGAAUAGGAUGAAAGGUCAUAUUUAAUGUGUGUCACUCAGGUGAUCUCGUUGUAGGAUGUCUUUGUACUGUAAGAAUGACAAGUGAAUAUAUCAAUAAAGAAUAGUAACA